GUUCUCAAUCUCUCGACUAGGAUAUCUUGAUACCUGAAACAAUACAAGCCACAAAGAAUGGUUGAUUAUCGUCCCGCAAGGGCAGAAGAUCUAGCCCAGAUCCGCGUCAUCAACAGACAUUACAUCCUCAAUACUUCACUCACAUUCGUGCGGACCCCACCACCCUUUGACUCAUACAUCGCCAAACUGAACGACCUCGAAUCUCGCGGUCUUCCAUAUCUAGUCGCAGUGGAUAAAACACAAAAAGCAGAUGAUGGAAACGAUCUUGUCGUUGGCUACGGCUCGCUCUCUCCAUUUCGUCCCCAGAUGGUCUCAUAUGCUCCAACCGUUGAGCUGACGCUGUUCCUCCACCCGGACCAUCAAUCGCAAGGAACGGGAUCUGUGCUGCUUGCGCUUUUGCUUGGGAAAGUUGAAACUGGUCAAGUUUGGCAUAGAAUCGAGGAACCAGUCGCCAGUGAAUCGACUGAAGUUGACCAUAGAACUGAGUCUAGCGGUGCGACUCGGGUCAGGAAUGUGAUCGCCGUUAUGGCGGUUGAUCCUGAGGGCAAGGAACAAGGUGAAGCUUUGAGGAAAUGGUAUGUGGCACGAGGGUUUGAAGAGUGUGGUCGCAUGAAGAAGGUGGGAUUCAAGAGAGGACAUUGGAUUGAUACUGUUUGGCUACAAUAUCACAUCCCCGAGUCGAUGGUGCCUUUGUGAACCCUGCUCGGGCAAGUGAUAUUAUACCAAUAAACCGACCUUACUCUACCGACUAUACAUGCAAAUCAUAAAAUAAACGCUCCCUGACUGUCAUUUGCAACUUCUGGUGCACUUUCCUCAUGGAGUGCAUAGUAGAUGGGAGAUGUCAAAGGAAGGCCAAAUUGUUGUAGAUAAUUGAGUACGAGGGGACGAGAGAAGCCAAGAACAAUAGUAUUAAAUUUAAAAAAAAAAAAAAAACAAAAAAAAACAGUACAGUGGUGA